AUGGAGAGUUUGAGUGCGCAGGGCGGGGCUAAUGACCGGGUCGCACCGGCGCAGAUAUCGGCGGAUCGGAACGGCGAUGCGCCGUCUGAGUACCCGGCGGGACGAGACGACGUGCCACGAACGAGCAUAGCGUCUUUCACGGAGCAGGACGAGGUGGAAUCUACGCAUGUGCCGAGCACCUCGGCGUCGUCUGUCGAGCUGAGCAUUGACUCGGACAUGAGCGACGCCGACUCGGCUCUGGGGAUUGACGGGGGGCGGGCUUCGUCGUCUGCGUCGGUCGCUUCGAGUCUUUACAGGUUCGUCGAGGAGUUUGGUCGGACGUAUCAUAGGUACAAGGAAGGGAAGUACUUCCUCCCCAACGACGAGCAAGAGCAAGGCCGCUUAGACCUGCAACACGCCAUUGCACUCCGCAUUCUCGACGGGAACCUCGGGCUGGCGCCCGUGGAUAAGCCGCACCGGGUGCUCGAUAUCGGCACGGGGACGGGCAUCUGGGCUAUCGAGUUCGCCGAUCAGAACCCCGAGUCGGAGGUGCUCGGGAGCGACCUGAGCCCCAUCCAGCCCGAGUACGUGCCCGCGAACUGCCGCUUCGAGAUCGACGACGCCGAGGACGAGUGGAUGUACGGGCAAAAGUUCGACUACGUCCACGGCCGGUACAUGUGCACCUCCAUCUUUGACUUCCCCAAGCUGUUUGGCCAGAUCUACGCCAGCCUCAACCCGGGCGGCUGGGUCGAGUUUCAGGAGACGGUGAUCGACUUCCGGGCCGUCGACGGGACUCUGGAGGGCACGGCGCUGCGGCGGUGGAACGACCAUUUGCUGGAAGGUAUCCGCCGGGCGGGGCGCGAUGCCUUGUCUCCGUUCGGGUUCGCGGCGAAGAUGACUGCCGCGGGGUUCACGAACGUCCAGCAGAGGAAGUUCGCGGUGCCGUCUACCCCGUGGGCUCGGGGGCGGAACCAGAAGAUUCUCGGCGCGAUGCAGAUGACCAACAAUCUCGAGGGCGUUCAGGGCAUCACGAUGAAGAUCUUUACGCAGGUGCUGGGUUGGACUCGAGAGGAAGCUGAACUGCUGCUGGUUGACGUUCGCAGGGAUAUGGCGGAUAGGAACAUCCACGCAUAUCUCACGAUGUGA